AUGUCCAAUCUAAGAAGGUCCAUAAGUCCUCGGACCGUUGGCGACAACAAGCAUGGCAAAAACGAGGUGAGUCACCGGAAAAUUGCUGUACCAGUGUCGAGAUUAUCCAAUAUUGUAUCAUACUUUAAAAAACCUAUAAGUCGAAUAUUGGGUACCAAUGAGAGUAAUAGUGAGAAUCAAAGUAUCAACGAUUAUGAAACGAGUGGUCAACCGAACAAAAGUAUGGGAAAUUUAAAUUCUGAUGCGGUAGAGCGCAUGAUCAUCGAAAAAGAACCAUUAAAUAAUGAUUUUACCUCAAUAAAGAAGAAACGAUUAUCAAUUCAAGGUCAUCCAAGUAAUGAAUCAAUUCCUCGAUCAACUACUUUAAAUAAUAAUUUAGGAGUCUAUAGAUCAUAUUAUAAUUCAAUUCAAACAUCUAAUGAAGAAUUAAAUAAUGAUUUAGAAAGAAGAUUAAGUACUGCUUAUAAUGAUGGAAUUGUUAAAGAUGGAGUUAAUAAUUCAAAUUUAAAUGUUAUUGUUGAACAAGAAUUUUCUCGUGAUGCAUCUCCUUUAGGUUUAUUACCUAGAGUUGAUACUCCAAUAUCAAUUCAAACUGUUACUUCAACUACUGAAAGUGUUGAUGAUAGAACUCCAAUUUCAAUUCCAAUUCCAAUAGAUGUAGAAUAUGCUCCAUUAUAUCAAGAUAAUCAAGGUAAUAUAGUUAGACCUCCAUUUAUAAAUUUAGAUCCUCGAGAAAGAUAUCAUUUAUUACAAUUAAAAAAAUCAAUGCAAGCUUCUCAAAGUUUACAAAAUAAGAUUAAAUAUAUGAUAGAUCCUAAUGAAACUGUAUCUCAAAUUAAUCCAUCUACUAAUAAAGUUGAAACUUCUACUCAAACUCAUGAUACAAGUUAUUUAAAUGAUUCUUUAGUAUUUAAAACUAAAAAGAGAUCUAGAAGAAUUACUAGUACAGGAUCUCAAUAUAAUAUAAAACGUGCUAAAACUGGUAAUAAAUUAUUUAGUGGAGAAUUCUUUUAUGAUGUACAAUUAGAUACUAAGAAACAACAACUGAAUAAAACUGAUUCAAUAAUUAAUGAUAUACCAAAAUUUGCUAAUAAUUCAAAUCAAUUUAGUGGAUAUCUUGGAUCAGUAAGUAAACCUACAUUCUCCAAUAAAACAAAUAAUGAAAAGAGAUCAUCCAUUGAUGAAGAUAGUGCAUUCAAUAGAUUUGGUAAUAGAAAUCAAAAAUCUACUAAUCAACUUAAUGAUUCUUCAAAUAUGGAUUUAACCUUAGAUGAAGAUUAUCUUGAAAAAUCAAAGAAGAUUUCAAAUAUUAUAAAAUUAAAGGAUUCUGAAUCCUUGAAGAAUUCCGAAAAUAAUAGUCUGGAAAAGAAAUCUGUUGGUCCUAGUUCAGGAUUUCAAUUUAAAAUUAAUAAUGAUGAUAUUAAUUCCAUUAUUGAACUGAGAAAGGAGAAUGAGAUUUUAAUUGAAAAAUCCAAAUUGUCUCAACAAGAACCUUUCAAGUUGUCUGGUCUUACAAAGUCAAAUGAACCAGAAGAAACUAAUAAGAAAAUUAGCUUAUCAUUCGGUAAACCUUCAACAACUGAAGAAAAGGAAAUAUCUACACCUAAAUUUAGUUUCGGAAGUACCACCACUACUGAAAAGAAGGAUGAUACUCCUAAAUUCUCCUUUGGAAAUAAUUCUACUGAAAAGAAGGAUACUCCUAAGUUUAGCUUUGGAACUCCAGCUGUAGAAAAGAAAGAAGAAUCAGCUACUAAACCUCAAUUAAAUUUUGGAUUCAAACCAACAUCUUCAACUCCAUCUUUAAGUUUUGGUAAAGAAGCAAAUAAACCUAAAGUUAGUGUAGGCAUCUCCGAAGAAACUGAAGAUGAACCUCCUGUAAAAAGAAAAGCUCCUGGUGGAGACAAGUCAUCGUCAUUAUUUUCCAUUAAGCCUGCAGAACAAAAGCAGGAUAACUCAGCAUCCACACCACUCUUCAGUUUUGGUGAUAAAACUAAAACAUCAGAAGAUGAACCUCCUAAAAAGUCCCUCAAACGAGCCAGCAGCAGUGAAAAUGUUCAGACUCCCAAGUUCAGUUUUGAUACUAACAAGAAAGAUGAUACAGCUGCAGCCAAACCUUUGUUUGGCUUAGGUAAUAACACUAGUAAAAGUACUACUCCAAUUCCUGCAUUUUCCUUAAAUGGUACUAAAUCUGAUCAAUCAUCUAAACCAAUAUCAUUUGGAUUCGGACAGCCAAAGCCCGUGGAUAAUGAUAAGGAUAGUAAUGCUACUACUUCAGGUGGAUCCAGUGGUGAGAAUCCUAAGCCAUUGUUUUCCUUUGGUGAUAAUGCUGGCAUUGCACUUAAUUCAAAGCCAUCUUCUGAAGCUAAUGAAAAGAAUGAAAACUCCACUAAGCCAACUUUUUCAUUUGGAAGUACGUCUAAACCAAGUAUUUUUGAUACUACAACUUCUUCAUCUAAGCCUACAUUUUCCUUUGGAAGUACGGCUACUACUGGAGAGGAAAAGUCCACCACAAAGACACCAGCAUUUUCCUUUGGAGAGGACAAGCCAAACAACACUACGACUAUUGCUACUCCUUCACUGAAUGCUCAAACUAGUACGUCUAGUACUCCGUUUACAUUUGGAAAUAAUGGAAAUUCAGUAACUAAACCAACUAUCCCUAAUGCUAAUCCAAAUUUUAAAUUUGCUCCUGGAAUCUCUAUUUCUGAUGCGCCAAAACCAGUAUUGAAUUUUGGUGCAACUACUACUAUAGGCAAUUCAGCCAAUGGUCUGUCACGUUCAACAACUCCUGUGGCAAGUAGUGGUGGUAACACUGCGCCUCCAGCAUUCUCAUUUGGUUCAUCUACUAGUAAUAUUAAUCCAGCUAGUGUGUUUGGAAAUCAUACACAACCCAAUACUAAUGCUGGAGCAUCAAUGUUUGGUGCAACAACUAAGCCGGGUUUUAAUUUUGGAGGUGGUUUCAAUAGUAGAGGUAGUACCCCUGAUGCUGUAUUUGGUGGAUCUGGUAGUCGAGAACCUACACCAUUUUCAUUUGGUGCUACUGACAAUAAUAAUGUCAAUGCCAAUAAUGGUAUGGGAGGUGGACUUUCAAUGCCAGUUGCUCAAUUUGGAACUCCUCAACCAGCAGGUAAUCCAUUUGGAGCUCCUGCUCAAAUGGGUGGAAUGGGAGGUAUGGUCAUGGGGAAUAUGAAUCCUAAUGGAGGACUUCAAUCUACGCCUACACCUCCAUUACUUAAGAGUCGAAAGAUUGCCCAAAUGAGACUGAGAAGACGUUAA